AGCAGACCUGGCUUGACGUCUGCUGGUCGUGUGGUUUCGAUGUGUGCCGCUUUAGAUUUGGGAUCUGAUCGCUGUUGAUCUGUGGCCUUGUAAAGUUAAGGUGGGAGAUCUUCUCAACAAAUUACCGAUAGGAUCAAAUGAUACGAUAGCAGAGGAAUACCUAGAUAUAAUGGAGUCAUAGCAGGCUUUGUUAGGUUUUUCAAGGGAUAAAGCCCAAUGAAUGGAGUUACAAUCAAGAAAAACUACUGAUUCUGUUGGCCUUUUUAUCCUGGAAUACUGCAAGUUUGUGGUAUAGCAACACGAUACAAUGUGCGUGGAUUAUUCAAACAUGUUAAAAAUGUGCAUUUAACUGCAGGAACGUCGAAACCGUAGAUUUCUCAUUUGUUUGAAAAUAAUUCUUUGGAUUGUGUUAACGUGUAUUGAUUUAGUACAAUCAAAUAACGUUUAAUUAUAUAUUUUUAUUAUGUAUACGGCUAACCUAUCGCUAUAACAACAUAACUUAGAUUUUAUGCUAAACAACUACAUUGUGCAAUUCUAUCUCUGGUAUUUUGGUGAAAAUAUAUUGCCGAUACUUGUUACAACGCUUAUAGCUAUUUUGUUGGAUUUCAAUCGUUUUAUUCUAUUUUGUGAAACAACUACAAAGCGAGUUAGAUUUGUCGUUGUAAUUUGGAGAUAAUGUGUUCAAUGGUCAGAUAAAAAUUGAAGAGGGAGAUAAAACUGAAGUCAAGUGUCCGCUAGAAAUGGCUUCCUCCUGACGAUUAGAGGUGUUACAUCGAUGAAAGACGCAACGACAUCAAAGAUGAGAGUCACAUCAAAGAGAAAAAUGCAAGUCAUGUCUACACACAUUCAUGUCAGAUCUUCUAACGGCAGAACUUUGCCUGCUUGCAGUAGAACCCAGCCUACUUCCAGUAGAACUACCAUCUGCCGUAUGAGCGUGAUUGUGCUUCUGCUGACUAGUCUCUCGUUGGUCCCAGUAUCCAAUGCCACAACAUACAUCGGGCAGACUGAAGGGGACGUAAUUGAUACGACUAUCCCGUUCACAGACACCUCUUCAAUCUACCCUACCCCUUCCUUCACACCCGCUGUGGGUGUUGUAGCUAAUUCAGGAGAAACCAAUCUUUUCUAUAGUGCAAACCUACCUAGUCUUUCACAAACAUCAGCAGAAACGGCAUCAAACACAGAAAAUGUUUUAAGUCCUUCAGAACCAUCAGUCUCUUUUACGCUAUCUUCACCAACUUUUAUGCUUCCCAUGUUAGAUACACCAACAUAUUCAUUUACGUCAGUAGUCGCGAUAGUUCAAUCAUUGUUCGCAAUAUCGGAAACAUCAUUACAAAGUGCUUCGUCAAGUACAAUGACACCACCACAAAUAAAACCACCUGACAAAAAUAAUAUCCUAUCGUCGUCAUCCCUUGAGGUGACUCCAAUACAACUGACAUCAAAACCAAUAUCAAUUGACUCACAAGAUACCAUAAAAUUACAAACAGAAACACAACAACUGCCUAUAAUUACAUCUCACAUAACAACAGAACCACCACAACUACCAACAGAAACAUCACAACUAGCAACAGAAACACGACUAGCAACAGGAACACCACUACUAGCAACAGAAACACAACUAGCAACAGAAACACAACAAGCAACAGAAACACCACAAUUACCAACAGAAACACCACAACUAGCAACAGAAACACAACUAGCAACAGAAACACCACAAUUACCAACAGAAACACAACAACUAGCAACAGAAACACCACAAUUACCAACAGAAACACCACAACUAUCACAACAACUUUCCCCUAGCCAGACAGUAGCGUCACCAUCCACACCAUCAUCACCACAAUCGCUGACAGCAAUGAACCCACCAGAAAUGUUAACAUCCCCACCAUCACCAGAACCACUGUUAACAUUGAACCUCGUACAGUCAGCAUCUUCAUCCGUUACCUCAGUUCUAGAACUUUCAACCACCAAACCAGUACAACCACCAUCACCAUUUCUAGAUGUAUCCGCCGUAGUUUCACCAGACUUGAUAUCCCCAACAAUGACACAGCAGAAUCCAACUCACAACUCUGCAAGCUGGACUCUAACUUUAGCAUUCGAAUCAUCAGUAACAGUGCACAUUUCAACAGAAGACACAGCACUAUUAAAUAACUCAUAUACACUAGAGCUUUUAGAAACAGAUUCACAAACAACAGUAGAUGAUCUAAGCACGUCUCUAACAGAUUCGUCCGAUAAUAUAGAUUUACCUAACUCACUAGCAAUAGAUUUGUUCAGCACUCCCGAACUUGAUCCGUAUUUCAUGGAUUCAAGGUACAUGAGUACUACAGAAUUGUAUCUACUUAGUACUACAGAAAUAACUCCACAAAAUACUUUGAAUAUAGAUUACAUAGAUACAUCGGAGAUAGAUCCACAAUGUGCAACAGAUAUUGACACGCUAAUAUAUUACAUAGAUACAUCGGAGAUAGAUCCACAAUGUGCAACAGACACGCCAAAUUCAUUUGAAACAGUGUCAGAAAGUACAACAGAAACACCAAGUUCUAAUGUAAAUACUGAGAUGUUUUCAUCACAAACAACAGCUGAAUUCAAUACAGAAAAUGGAGGCAUAACUUCCGUGUUAAGAACAACAGAGUUAUCGGUCCCUUCGUUCACACAAGUACCAAAUACCACACUGUCGAUGACGUCUGUAGACCCCAAGACUUUGCCACACAUUACAACACCAGCUCAAACAUUUACAACACUAGCAACAUCAGCAACUACAAAAUUAAAUCCAACAAUUGCGUCAUCAACCACAAUAACUACAGGAUCGACAACUACAGCACCAAUCCCAACAACGACUAUAACGUCAAUUCAAACAAAUACAACCCCAACAAAAAUUACAACAACAGCUACAACAACAUCGUCUAAAACAAAUGAAACUUCAACAAUGAGAACUCAAACUACUACAACUCAAAGAACUACAACAUCAAAUACAACAAUUAGAACAACAGCAACUACAAAUACUACAAUAUCAAUUCCAACAUCUACAACCCGAACUACAGCAAUAUCUCUUCCAAUUUCUACAUUAACAACUCUAGCUCCUACAAAUCGAACAGCUACAACAUCAACAGCUAGAACGCCAACUCCACCAACUAGAACAUCAACUAAAUCAGAUGAUGAAACUACCACAACUAGAUCAACAACUCCAAUAACUAAAUCUGCAACACCCACAACUCCAAAAAGUACAACAUCAAUUCCAACAUAUUUAAUUCCAACAACUGCAUCAACAAUUGCACCUACUAUAAAAUCAAAUACAACAACUACAGCUCCAACAACGCCUUUAGCCACAACUCCAACUCCAUUAAAUUCAACACCAACAACUACUACUCAAAAAGCUACAAUAUUAGCUCCAACUACUGCUACAUCAACUACAGCAACCCCAACAUCAUCAUCAACAACUACAACGUCAACUCCAAGUACCAAGGCUCUUAUAAAUACUACAUCUGUUCCAACAACUACAUCAUUAAAAACUACAACGUCAACUCCAAAAGCUACAUCAUCGAUCCCAACAACAACAAUUCAAACAACUACAACAUCAACUAAAGCAACAACAACAUCAACUAAAACAACUCUAACUACAACAACUGAAACAAAAACAACUGCAAAAUCAACUACAACUACAACAGCUUUAACUACAACAUCUAUAAAAUCAAAUCCAACUACUACAACAUCUACACCAUCAACUCUGGUAUACCCCAACCAACCCUCGACAACUUUACUCACAACACAACCUAACUCAACACCCGCACCCUCAUCUAUCUCAACUUUGACCUUGACCUCACCGCAACCGGAGACUCCCCGGAGCGCAGAGCCUACGAAUAGCUUUCCGCCAGUAGCGUAUACUGCUGCCUUGUUCUGUCAGCCUUUGGGUAUGGCUAAUCAAACGACGGUGAUUGCUGAGAUGUACUGGGACGUGAUGUCAAUCUCCACUGGAAUUACCUUGUACUUGAAUGAUACAGAAAUGAUACAAUGCAAUAUCACAGCAAAUGGCUGCACAUACACAAAAUCAAAUACAUAUUCAGUCAAGGGGUCUUCCUUCGAGAUAUUUAAUUGGAACCUCGGCUAUGCGGUGAGUUUUGACGUAGGAUUCCUAAGGGUUGAGACACUGAACUUCUCAGUGAUGAUAACUGCGGGGGGACAAGUGCAGAACGCCAGCUGCUCAUCUGUCCAUCAGAGUGAGCCUGUUGACGAGUGUGUGACGCAGCCUGACGUGUGUGGACACGGAGGUCAGUGCCAUGAUGAGACGCUAGGGUUCACGUGUAACUGUAGACCCGGAUACCAGGGACAUACCUGCUCACAAAGCAACAACGGUGUGUACUGUGGGGUAGACCAACUGACGAUACAUGUUCUGUACCACGGCCUUGAUGACGUGUGCUUCACGUCAUCGACCCCCAUCAACUGCACCAUAGCCGGGCCUGCGUGGAACAGUUCUGGUGACUACUCGGCUACUCUGCUGAACUGGAAGCACGUAGACCCCGCCACCAACUUGGCUGUGGCAGUUAACGGUUCUCACUUGGAUCGUCAGCUUUGCUUAACGCCUGAUUCUCUACCUGGAAUAAAUGAGGUUGUGUACAACAUAACAAACCCAAAAGCCUCGUUUGAUUUCACCUUCACCUUGACGCUGGACAUCCAGUUCAACAACACACCUCCUCGGUUUAACAGUGACAUGUACACAGUAGCCAUCAGCAGCUACAAGAGCGUGUUGGUAUAUGUUAACAAAUCAUCAACUGUCACGUGUCUAAACAGUCCCUGUAUUGAGGUCAUUGACCCGGAUAAAAACUCAAAACUUGGAGUCAGUUCACUAACAUUAUCUGUUGUCAGAAGUAACAGUGGAUCAUCAAAAAUAUUUUUUUCAAAUAACAAUUCUUCUGACUCCUUUGGAUAUUUUUCUUUCCUCAAUGCUCCAUCAGAGAACGAGACAUUUCAACUCACUGCGGUGGAUGGACAAAAUGCCAGUGCUCAAGCGGAAGUGAAAUUUGAGGUCAUCUACCCGCCUGUGUGCCCUAGAGCUCUCUCUAUUGACCACCUGGACAUGCUGGCCAAUGGGAUUAUAACAACACUGAACUGUACGGAGCCUGAAGUUGGAGUUUAUCUAAGUGAUACCAAUUAUAAUGUAUCCAGCAACAUGAAAGCCUACUUUGAGGUUUCCAGCACUGGAAGUAUCUAUGUCAUCAAACCACUAACCAGUUUAGCCAUCGGCUUGUAUAACUUUACAAUCACCACUGUUGGCAAAAUCACAGACGCCAGUGGAAGCACUAUCACAACUUUUUCAGCACAAGUUCCUGUCAGCUUUAACUUAACAGCCCCUACUCCCAAUUGCUGGUUAACUGACCUGACCAUCCCACUGAUGUGGAAACCAUCAGAUAUCUUCAAGAUUAAUCUGGUCUGUCAAAACUAUAGCAUUGACAGCCUGGCAAUAAAGAGUGUUACAUUCAGUGAUGGGACAGUUUUCAAUGCUUCAAAGCUUGAGAAAUCUGGCAAUGACAAUUACAGCAUUGAUAUCAAUUUACUGCAGUAUAAAGCAGGGACCUACAAUUGUUGGGUUACUGCCACAUAUGGAUCUGAGCCCUCAACUACAAACACAACCAUUGUAGUGCCAGACUCACCCUUCCAACAGAUUCAUGACCCAACCAUCUUAGUUUACACCAAUGCCAGUGUUGGAGAGAUGUUGUGGAACAUCAGCAAGGAGUUGAACUUUUCACUGUCGCUUUAUUUAAUUGAAGUUGAAGCGCAAUUUCCCUUGAUUUAUUUGCUGGAUGUGAAUGCCACCACUGGAAUUUUCACAUUGGCCGUUGAUCCUAAUUAUUACAACAUUGGAAAUUAUACAAUGGUCUUACGUAUUAUUGAGAUAAACACCAGCUUAUAUAUUGACGUUAAUGUGACAGUAAGAAUUGUAGAUGUCAAUGAGCCUCCAUCUUGUAUCCUGACCCACACCAACAUCAGUGUCAAUGAUGUCAAUACAGAGAUAGGAUACUUGAACUGCACUGAUCCAGAUACAACAGAUGAAUACAGAAAUUUAGAUUACUCUAUUGAAGUUGCUCCCUCACUACCAGUGAAUAUUUCAAGCACUGGGCAGAUUCGUCUAGUGGGCCCUGUACCAUCAGGCAUCUCUACUGCAUUAGUCACUGCUACAGUCACAGAUGGUACAUUCAGCCUUAAUUUCCCCUUCCAACUGUAUAUUUUUGGCUGUGAACUAACAUACAUCACACAAAGACCAUUGUAUUGGACAAGAUCGACCAAUGUUUUACUUAAUCUUCACUGUGGAACAUACAAUAAUGGCAUUCUAAAGAUAUAUUCUAACACAACAUCACCCAAACAAGUGUUUAGAGUCUCUGAAGUCUACUCAAACAGCACAGAUGUUCAGUUAAACCUUACACAGAUGGAAUAUCGCCCUGACGAUUACAUGUUUUCAGUGUAUGUCAUCAUCAAUGGAGUGACAGUCAGCACCAGCUUGUUAAUCCGUGUUUCUAAUGAAACUACUAUCAUGGGUGGGAAUAGAACUAUCUUGCAAAAUCAUAAUGUUACAACACCUGUAUUCUAUAUCAGUGUGACAGUGGACAACAGUAAUCCUGUGUUAAUUUUUACAAUUACGGGUGAUCAGCAUAAUCUCUUCAAGAUUAAUCAAGAUGAAAAGUCUGUGUAUCUUAACAGAACAUUAUCAAAUGAUGAUGUUGGAAUACAUGAGUUUAAUAUUUCGGUGACAGACCACUCGACCAGUCUAACAGUUUGGGCAACAUUUGUUGUGACUGUAGAGGAUGUGAAUGAGGCCCCAACUUGCACGCCUCCAAAAGUGCUGGUCCCAUUAUUGUCAGAUGAAAACUUAUUCACCCCAAUAGUAGAAAUCAACUGCACUGAUCCUGACAGAACUGAACCCUUCAAAUCUUUGAACUAUAUGAUUUCAACAGUUCCAAGUUCCAUCUUAAAUAUAACAGAGUACACUGGGAUUGUUUUCUUGGCUGUAGAGUUGAAGUACACGAAUCUAUCUGACACAACCAUCUAUGCCACAGUUAAUGUGAUAAGCAUCGACCUCAGUGUUUCACUCACAUUCAGUCUUACCAUUAGUGCUGCUUGUCAAGCUGAAAGCAGAGAUGGUGUUCAAUUCAAUAAAACAUUUGUUGGCAGGGAUUUUGUUGCUAAUUGUCCUGCUAAUUACACUGGUUCUGUGAGGAGAUAUUGCAACCAGGGUGCAGUUUGGGGACAAUUUGUUUUAAGCAACUGUACAAGGGCCAGUCUGUCUGAAACAAUCACUGCGGCAGGAGAAUUAGCCAAUGCAAGUCUAAGUGCAGAAGAAAUAACACAUAAAGUAGAAUUAAUUGUAGCUAAUUUGAACACAAGUUUGGCAACUAACUCAACCCUCAUAUCUGGCGACAUCAAAAAUGUGCUUGGCAUAUUUAAUACUAUUGGAGGUGCACUCAAUAAGCCAGGUGCUGUUGUUACAAAAGCUACUUUGGAGAUGUUUGUGGACAUAUCAAGCGCGAUGGUGGAAACAAAGGGUCAGGUGUGGUCAGAGCUGCGUGAUGAUAAUGUUGAUCAAACAGCUGUCUUGCUCUACUCACUGGAAAGAAUUACAGCAACAAGUCUGAGGACUUUAAGCAACAUUUCGAUUGUUAGAAGCUCUGUUGCCAUUGCCCUCUAUGCUGGAGCAGAGGAAAUCAACUUUCCACAAACUUCUGACUUGUUAGAAUGGAAUAAUCAGAUAUUUCUCCCUAAAGAUGCUCUAAAAGAUAAAGUAAACUAUUCUGUGAUUGUGUACAAGCAACUUGCUGAUAAAAUUCAAAUAAGUAGAGAAAACCAAAAAAAUUACAGUCAAGGACUUGAACUCUUGUCAAAGACAAUGAACUCUGACAUUAUGUCCAUCUCAAUACCCAACACUAAAAUAAGCAAGCCUGUUGAACUGACCUUGGCUCUCAAUCAGGAUAAUUUAACAAGCCCCUCAUGUGCCUUCCUCAACACUACUAUCAGCAACCCAGAGGUGGGGGUCUGGUCUACAGGGGGCUGCCAAGUGAAAAGUGUCACCUCUACUCAUGUUGUGUGUAGCUGUGACCACCUCACAAACUUUGCUGUACUCAUGAGCCCAUAUGCCUCUAGUGAAGACAGCCUUGCAUUGAGCAUCAUAUCAGCUAUUGGGUGUGCCAUUUCUUUAUUUUGUCUUGUGAUCACUAUAAUAGUCUACAUUGUUGUUUGGAAGUAUGUGAAGAAUGAUAGGUCUGUACUCCAUGUGAACCUUUGUGUGUGCCUUAUUGCUGGAUACAUCAUUUUCCUAGCCGGAGUAGACAGAACAGAUGACCCGGCUGGGUGCACAGUUGUGGCUGCCCUGCUCCAUUUUUUCUUCUUGGCUGUGUUCUUCAUCAUGCUUGGGGAGGGCAUUGAGAUCAUGAAAUCUGUUAUUGUGGUUUUCACAUCAAGAUCAAUUUUGGUCUAUUUGCUUGCUGUUGCUUAUGGAGUUCCUGUGGUUAUAGUUGCUAUUUCUCUGGGAGUUACUAAAACUGAAGGAUAUGGAAAUGAAAUGAGCUGUUGGUUAUCUGUGGAUAGUGGACUCAUCUGGGCAUUUAUUGGACCUGUUCUUUUUGUUUUUGUUGCAAACCUGAUAAUUCUAAUUGUAGUGAUCCGAGCCAUUCAGACAUCUCAAAUCAUGAGAGAUAAGUCAACAAAAGAGAAAGUCAAGUCUGUUGCCCGGUCCAUAUGUGUUCUCUCCCCUAUACUGGGUAUAACAUGGAUAUUUGGGGUCCUGUCAGUUAGCAAGGAGACUGUUGUCUUCCAGUAUCUGUUUGCUAUUUUUAACUCUUUGCAGGGUCUGUUUAUCUUCAUUUUCCAAUGUUUUCUGCAACACCAGGUAAGAGAUGGAGUUAAAGCAUUAAGGCGGAAAUAUUAUGCUGUUAGCUUGGACUCAAGUCACAAGAAAAGUUCAAGCAAUACUAACAGAUAUUCUGAAUCAAAUUCUAAUACUGCUUCACAAAGCAAAAAUGUCUCAUCAGGCUCAACACAAAGUACCUACGAAGUCGGCUCUCCUGUCACUGACCAUAAGCCCAACUUUAAUCAGAUAAAAAACCCAGCGUUUCAUGAAACACUUGAAACCAAACGAUCCAACAAAAGUGCCAGGAGCAGCUCAGAGAAGAGCGAGAGAAGUGCAAGCAGCAAUGACAGUCGCAGACCUUUUGACAAGUUUGAUGAAAGUCAUGAGGAUCAUUUUAUUUAUCUGAGAGGAGGGAGCUACUAUGGCGACAUAAAUCCUAACUUUGUUCAGAUUCCAGGUUAUUCUAUAGAGAACAAUAAAGUGAAUCAUGAUCAAAUUGACGCGGACCAAAAUCAAGACAAAUUUGGAUCUACAAAAAAAGAAGCAUGGCACCUUGUCUCAAGAAAAAGAAAAAGUGGACAAGAAGAAAAUCCUGAAAUUGAGAAAGAACGGCUAAAGCAAAUCUAUGGGAAAGUUAAUGCCAUCAAUGGACUGCAAAAUAAUGAAAACCUAACAGCCAAUCAGAUAAAAGCGAGAGAACGCUGGAAAAAAGUUCAGAACUUCACCAAAUCCCCUGAAAGGGCAUUCACAAAAGCUGAGCUGUUUGGUGCCCGCAUGGCAAACACUGAAGACUUUACACUCUCUCCAAACGGAAGCGUAAGCAGCAGCAGUAAAAAAAGUUCAAAAACAAGCAAACGGCCAAACCUCACUCCCCUGAUUAUUCCAAGGCCCAUGACUUUUCCUCUGCCUGAGCCAGAUUAUCAUUCCAGUAUUUAAUAUUUACACUUGUCAGUUUUCUGACUGGGUUAUUAAUCAAUGUAAAUUUUAAUUUUGUUUUUAAUUAUUUACCAAGAAAUCUUAAAGAGCCAUAGAUCUAUUCAUUUUUAAAAAUCACUGCCUGCCUAUGAAUUUCUUAAAAUUUAUAACUAAUUAUAAAAAAAUGCAGUCAUAUUUAUCAUGUAUUUUACUAGGGAUUUUCAAAGUAAAUUUAAGCUAAUUUUUCUCUAUUAUUUCUGUCACUUAUGACCUAUUGUGAUCUUAAAGAAAUAUUGAAAAAAAUUUAAGUUGAAAAUUUUUUUUUUAAGUUAAAAUAGAUUGAUUUUAAAGGAUUAAUUUUUUUUUUAAUUAUUUAGGAUGGUAUUUUUUGUGUUCUUAACUUUUUGAUAAAAGUGAAACAAGUUUUUGAUUGAAAUCGCAACCACUAGUAAAAAUGACACAUUGCUUUAAACAAAGUUUACUGUUGUCUUUCUGAUGAUAACAAAGUUGUUGAAAAUAUGCAAUACUGUACAGUGAUUUGGUCUUAUCUCAUGGUGUGCAUUAUUAGAACUGUUGUAGAUCAUCAUCUAUUUCUUGUUUAUAGAAAGCCAAUAGUCAUCUGGCUGUAGUAUACAUUGGUAACUUAAGUGCAUCUUUUUUGGACAGAAUAUAUUUAUAAUAAUAUGUCCCAUUGUUUAUUAUAGAACUGAAAUAUUGUUGGCACUACUUUAUAAGAAUUAUCACAUAGACUACGUUUUAGGCAUUAUGUCCUAUUUUUAACUUUAAUUACUUUAAACUUCAUAACCUUAAAGAGACUACAUAGACUAGUAUUUUUAGUCAUGAUAAAUAAUGCACAAUUUGUAACUAUUAAUGGUCAUUAAGUGAUGUUACUGUAAAUUUGCUACUUAAAUGUUUUUUUCUUCAGUAUUGAAUGUACUAUAAAGUAUUGAUAGUGUUGCUGCUGUCUUUAUUGUUGGAUUUUGUAAGGAAGAUAUAUUGACCAAUUAAAUGUUUUCUGUGAUAUGUUUUGUAUCCUGCUGUGGACUUUAUUUGCGAUGGAUGUUUAAUUCAUGUCUAAAGGGACACAACUAAAAUAAUCUUUACAUUGAUCAAAUAUAUCAACUCAAGACACUUUUUUCUUGUAAUGUUGUUCCCUUAAAAAAAUUUUUUAAAUUGAAUUCAGGUAAUGUUAUGGAAACUUAAAAUGAAUUUAUUGUUAAAUAAGCAUUUAUUAAGCAUAUGCGAUCAAAUAAUAAUAUAUUUUUUUACGGUCACAUUGAUGAACUCUGUUUUUUUUUUUAUAAUAAUAGCUUAAUUUCUGUAAAAUAAAACCCAAAUUGUCAACAACUUUUAAAUUUAAAAUACAUAUCGAAAUGUCUCUAUAUUUAAUUCAGUAUUGGUAAUUUAAUAAAGUUUUGUAAUUUUGCUUUCAUGUACAAUGUGGGUUUUUAAGUUUUGUAAAUACAUAUACUAUUUUUACCAGUAAUCAAAGUUAAUUUUUUCUGCUUUUGUAAAAACAAAAAGAUUUCCUUUUUCUUCAUUUAAAAAAUUCUUUGUACAGUUGUUGGCAUUCAUCAAUCUAAAUAAACAUGAAAGUGGAAAUAAAUAAAGUAUUGUUAUGAUGAUAAAUCCUUUAGUUGUUGUUAAUUAAAACAUUUUAAAAUAUAUUAAAAGUUGUUUUUAUUUACAUUCUUCUAAAUGGAUUAUAUAGGGAAUAUUGUUAUUGAGGAAAAAAAUAGAAAUGAGACAUCGACAAAAUUUGAUGUUUUACACCUUCCUGAAAAGUAGCACGCUUUUGCAGUGUAUUACGUAUAACUGCCAGUAUAAAAAUAAA